GCCUACAUGACCUGUACGUAACCCGGAAGAAAACACAGAUUCAUAUGGAAGCUGGGAGGAUCGUAGAAGCUGCUUUUAAAUGAGCACUGUUGUAUAAACCGUAGAUACACAUAUCGGGUGGAAAACAACGCAAAACACACCGACCUCCUGUCGAGCGGAUUAUGAGCAUCGAAACACUGAUUCACAUCACGACAAUAUUUGCAACAUGUCGAUGGAGGACCCGUUUUUCGUGGUAAAAGGGGAGGUUCAGAAGGCAGUGAACACUGCUCAGGGUUUGUACCAGCGAUGGAGGGAGCUGCUUCAGGACCCCAGCGGAGCCACCAAGGAGGAGGUGGACUGGACCACCAACGAGUUGAGGAACAGCCUGCGCUCCAUCGACUGGGACCUGGAGGACUUGGAUGAGACCAUCAGCAUUGUGGAAUCGAACCCCAGGAAAUUUAACUUGGAUUCGGUGGAGCUGACCAAAAGGAAAGCCUUCAUCACCAGUACGAGACAGACAGUGAAAGAAAUGAAGGACCACAUGUCGAGCCCAGUGGCACAAGCGAUGUCGGAUCGCAAAACCAGACAGGCCCUGCUGGGAGACAGUGGCGAUCAGAGGCCAGGCUGGAGCUCCAGAGCUGAUAAAUACACACGGCUGGACCAAGGGCUGCACACAGCCAACUCCCAGUACAUGGAGGAGCAGCUGUCUCAGCAGCAGCUGAUCGUGGAGCAGCAGGAUGACCAGUUGGAGCUGGUGUCUGGCAGUAUUGGGGUUCUGAAGAACAUGUCUCAAAGAAUAGGACAGGAGCUGGAUGAGCAGGAUGUGAUGUUGGAUGAUUUUUCUCAUGAGAUGGACAGCACUCAGUCUCGCCUCGACAACGUCAUGAAGAAGCUGGCUAAAGUGUCCCACAUGACCAGCGAUCGUCGCCAGUGGUGUACUAUCUGCAUCUUGCUCGCCAUCCUGUUUGUCGUGCUGAUACUUUUCUUCGUUCUGUAACUCGCAGGCGCUUUCAUGAUUGACUCCGGGUUCUGGAGCUCAUCGGACACGGAGGACAGCACGCUUCCUCAAGCUACUUUUAUACUGAAAAAACCUAAACACAAGCUGUCUUUUCAGAUGUUUAGCAUGUCUGACAUUUGAAACCCACCAAAGCAGAAUUAUUUUCAAACCAUUUAAAGUUGAACUGUCUUGUAAAUGAUUUCUUUUCAAAUAGCAAGGUGUACCUUUUCAAUCCUGCUGACAUUUGAUCUAUUAUCAGCUCUUUUUGAAAAGAAAUACAUUUAUAAGCAAGUUCAAAUUUAAAGAAAUGCUAACCAAGACUUCUGGUGCUUUGCUUCUUUCUUUUAAUUUGGUUUAAUGGAAGAAAGUGGAUUUUAAGGCCUUGGUAAAGAGAUAAUGACUACAUAUAAAGCUGUGCUCUGUGUGGAUGUAAAUAUUGAAGAAACUGUCACUAAUGGUGAAAUGUCUAAUCCCAUGAUUGAGUUUGUCCCUAACGGUCUUAUCUAACACUGAAAAAGGCAUUUGCCAAAAUGUCUAUAUAUAUAUAUGUGUGUCUAUCUGUAUCUGUAUGUGUGUAUGUGUAUGUGGACACUACUGCUUUAAAAUCCCCCAGAGGAACACUGUUCCACUCUGCAGCUAGUCUGUGGUGUGGAUAUUUAUAGGAUCUAUAGGAAUUUAGACCCUUUUGUUUUUGAUUUUUAAAACUUUUAUCGACAGUUCCUUUCCCAAUUUAAAUUUUCCCCACUAUCCCAAUUUAAUGUGUAUUAAACACAUAAUAAAUUAUAUAAUAUUAUAGCCUAAAACUCCUGUAUGUUUUGUUGUCAUUUCGUCAAUUGAAAUAUGACACUGAUUUCUGAACAUAUGGUCUGCCAGCAAAAUUCCCCCCAAUUUGUAUACCUCUCAAUUAGAAACACUGAGAAAUGUCUGACAAAAAAUAGAUUGAAUAAAACCUUAGAAAAUAC